AUGAGCGUCCAGCUGCCGGUGAAGAAGUUCAAAAACAUCCGGAAAUCGGACAAAUUCAAGUGCGCGGUGUGUGGGGAUAAGCCAACUGGCUACCACUACGGUACAAUUUCCUGCAACGGCUGCAAGACGUUCUUCAGGCGCACCAUCAUCGCCAACCGAAAGUUCACCUGCUCGAAGGGCGGUAGAUGUUCUUUUGACAAGGAUUUCCGGUGUGCCUGUCGAGCGUGUCGUUUCCAGAAAUGCGUUCUGGUGGGAAUGGACCCAAAUGCAAUUCAAUACCCCGCAAAAACAGCAAAAGAAGAGAUAUUUGAUGAUGAUGAAGCGGGGACGAGUUCGCCGACUGACGAUUAUGAGGAACAGAUGCAAAUGCAAGUGGUCUCGUUGGCCUCCCGGGAAGAUACGGCUUUUGCGGAAUUGCUGGAUACCUUGAUGAGAAAAGAAACCUCGACCGUCUACAUGCGACGCCAGGAAUGCCCAUGGUCUUUCGACAUCACAUUACCUGAACUCCUUGAAAAACCCUGUAUACUGGGGAAGAGUUUCGUGGAGAUGUGCAAGUUAACCGGAGAAGAAUCGACGAUGCAGGUUUACAAGAAGAAUCCGAUCAAAUUCUGGAUGGUCGUUGACAUGCUCUUGGCUUGUGAAUACGCCAAAACGUUUCCCGCUUUUCAUCAGUUGAAAGAGUUUGAUCAGCGGAUCCUUCUUUCGCAAGUCGUCGGCAUGAUCCUCAUCUUGCUCCAAGCUUUUUGCUCGUUAGAACAGAAGAGCGAGAAGCUCAUCUUUCCGGAUGGCCUGGAUGCGUUGUCGUUCCAGCUGACACGAUUUGACCAUCGUUUCGAGGACUACUUCCGCGAGAACUAUUGCCGGCCGAUUGCGCUGAUCCGAAAUUGCGGCAUGGAGAAGCAGCACUACAUUCUGAUGAAGGCGAUUUUGCUUUUUACUCCAGGGCUUUGCGAUCUGUCGCCCGAGGGUCAGAAGAUUGUCGACAACGAGAGGGCCCGAUUGUGCUGCUGCUUGCAUCGGCUUCUGAUUUCUCAAUAUGGGGAAGCAAAGGGCGUCGCCAAAUUCGCCAAGUAUUUGAUGAUGGUGGAGAGCUUCGUGCGUUUCAACGAGAAGAAGCGCUCCCACCUGGAGAUGAGCGUCAUCCUCAACAAGGUCGUUAUGACGCCGCUUGGGGACGAGAUCUACCUGAAACGUCAUUUUAAAUAUAACAAA